AAGAUUAAGACUGGCGAGACAGAGAAAGAAAAAUAGAAUAUAAGAUGAAAUAUUCUCUUUAGCCAUCAUGGUUUUUGGUGUUUUCUUUUUAAGAUCAAACAAAUUAUAAAGCAAACCAGAUCUCUGUUACAAGAGUCCGAAGCUCUAGCAUAUUUUUUUUGUUUUAGAUUCAAGCUUGAGUUGGGGUUUUUUUUUUCUUCUUCUUCUUCUUGUCUUUUGGCAGAAUCGGAGCGUCAACAAGAUUUUUAUUACCAAAAGAUUUAUCUGUUUGUGCUUGGAGAGGGAAAAAAAAUCCUUUGUUUUUUUGUCCAGUACGGUCGAUCUUAUUUACCCUUUUGAAAGCUAGUUGUUUCACAAAGCAACCCGUUUUGAAAUUCAAACCCGAUGAUGUCGGCCGGCGACGCUUUCUCAGUACCCUCUUCAAUCGGAGGGUUUCCUCAAGAACAGAACGCAAACCCUAACCCUAAACCUGAUCCUACUCCAGCUGUCAAGAAGAAGAGAAACCUUCCGGGAACACCAGAUCCAGAUGCUGAAGUUAUUGCUCUUUCACCGAAGACACUCAUGGCGACGAAUCGAUUCAUCUGCGAAAUAUGCAAUAAAGGGUUCCAGAGGGAUCAGAAUCUACAGCUUCACCGGAGGGGUCACAAUCUUCCGUGGAAGCUCCGGCAAAGGACGAAUAAAGAGGUCCGGAAGAAGGUCUAUAUUUGCCCGGAAAAAACCUGCGUCCACCACGACGCCUCCAGAGCUCUCGGCGACCUCACCGGAAUAAAGAAGCACUUCAGCAGGAAACACGGCGAGAAGAAAUGGAAGUGCGAGAAGUGUUCGAAGAAAUACGCCGUUCAAUCUGACUGGAAAGCUCACUCUAAGACCUGCGGCACUCGCGAGUACAAGUGCGACUGUGGAACCCUUUUUAACAGGAAAGAUAGCUUCAUCACCCACAGAGCAUUUUGUGAUGCCUUAGCCGAUGAGAGCGCCAGGCUUACUUCACUUGCUGCUUCGAAUCUGAGUUUCAGAAGCGAUUCGUCACUGAAUGAGACGGUUAUAAAUCCUCAAGCGGCCGGUUUGCCACAUGGAUUGUCCGGCAGGGGAGUUCAAGAUGCUGCCGGAAUUUGCCAGUUCCGUCCCGGGUUUCGACCGGAUUUCAACGGCAUGGCAAUUGGAAACUCUCUUGGUUUAGAUCAGCAGCAGAAGCCGAGAUUGUCGCUGUGGCUUAACCACCCAAAUGAGAUGGUAGCUAAUUCUCAUCUGUACGCGUCAUCGAGCUCUACGGGUUUUCCUGACAUGGUGCAAGCGGCGCCGGGGAAUGCUCUCUUUGGUUCAUCUUCUAUUGCUAAUUUUGGAAACUUCAAUGAGUUUGAAGGGUUUGAUAAGAGUAGUACUGUUAAUCCAGCUUCAGCAAAUGCAAGCCUCUCUUUAACAGCGCCGCUUCAUGAAUUGAAGGAAGGAGGGAACAAAGGAAAUUUGGUGGAAACGCUAUCCUCUCUUUACUCCGACAAGCAAUCAAAGCCGCCGGGGGCGGCGGCUGCUCCGAUGUCGGCCACUGCGCUUUUGCAGAAGGCAGCGCAGAUGGGUUCUACAAGAAGCAACAACCCAUCACAGUUUGGCAGCACAUUCGGAGUGAUGAGCUCCUCUUCUUCAAACCCAUCAAGCUUCAUUAAUAACGCUAUCAAUCAAAACAGAAACGAUCAUCAGCUGCACCAGGUGUUUCAAAAUGCAAAGCAGCAGCAGCAAGCAGAGAAUUUCGCAGCAGCUGAUGGAAUGCUGGGCUCAAAGAGCUUUGAUCAGCUGAUGAUGCAAGCAAGUGGGAAACAAAGUGAGGCGGUUCCAGUUAAGCAUCAUCAAAGCAGCCCAACUAGAGACUUUCUUGGCAUGGGAGGAAGAGAAUCUCAACGACCAUUCUUACCGCAGGAGCUGGCAAAGUUUACUUCAAUCGGCUCAUCUAUGGGUCUGAGCCAAUUCACUGGCAACCACUAAAAGUAAGCUUGAGCUUAAUUUUCUUUCAAUUCCAUGCUGGAAAAACGCGUAAUUCAUCUAGAGAGAGAUAGAGAGAGAUUGUGAAUAGUCUGGAGAAGGUGGGGGGCCCAGCGGAUGUCGGAAAGGACUGAACGGAGAGCGGGACUCUGAGUCAUGCAUGUUCAUUGUUCAUGUUCAAUUCGUUUGUUGUUGUAUUUGUUGUUGUUUUUAUGUUCUUGUCUUAACUUUCUUACCUCUUUUCGCUCCCUUAU